UUUCUACCCUUUUUCUUCCUUACCACAACCUCUUUCACCAAUACAUUUAUCAACUAUUAUUUCUAUAUUUGAUUCGUAUAUAUUUCAUUUUCUUCCUUUUCUAUAUUACAGCACAAAUCAAUUUCCGUUUCUCCGCCGGAGAAAUCACCGUAACAAUGCUGUAAUCUCUAUACCCUUCCGUUCCGGCGAUCCGUGAUAGUGAGCGUUUCAUCAUCUUCCUCAUUCAACAACGCUCUCUAUCACAUUUUUCUCUAAAUCUUGCUAUUAACCGUAAACGACAACAACUACAACAAUGACUAAUAAAUCUGACUCCGUCGUUUACCUUCACGGUAAUCUUGCUUUGAAAAUCGUUGAGGCUCGUUUUCUACCGAACAUGGACAUGUUCUCAGAGCGUUUUAGGAGAUUCUUCUCCGCUUUCAAUUCAUGCAGAACUUCAAUUUCUGGUAAAGGAAAGAAUCACGAGCCACGUCAUCAUCAUCAUAAGAUUAUCACCAGUGAUCCUUACGUAACGGUUUGUCUCGCCGGUGCUACGGUGGCGCGAACGAGAGUUAUUUCGAACUCGCAGUCGCCGAAAUGGGAAGAGCAUUUCAGGAUUCCUCUGGCUCAUCCUGCUUCUCAGGUUGAAUUUUAUGUGAAGGAUAAUGAUAUGUUCGGCGCUGAUUUGAUCGGAAUCGCAACGGUUUCCGCGACGAGGAUUUUAUCAGGCGAUAAUAUAUGUGAUUGGUUUCCGAUUAUAGGUUCUUUCGGGAAGCCGCCGAAGCCUGAUUGCGCGGUUUUUCUUGAGAUGAAAUUCACGAGGUGUGAUGAUGAUCCUCUGUAUCGGUCCGGUGUUUCGCUUGGGCCUGAUAGGUUUGCGGUUGAGGAUUCGUAUUUUCCGGUGAGGCGUGGAGGAUUGGUGACGCUGUAUCAAGAUGCGCAUGUUCCGGAUUCAAUGUUGCCGGGGAUUGAAUUGGAUGAUGGUGUAGAGUUUCAGCAGGGGAAGUGCUGGGAAGAUAUCUGUCAUGCAAUCUUGGAAGCGCAUCAUAUGGUGUAUAUUGUCGGUUGGUCAAUUUUUCACAAGGUGAAGCUUGUUAGAGAACCAACCAAACCCUUGCCAAAUGGUGGAAAUUUGAAUUUGGGGGAAUUGCUCAAGUACAAAUCACAAGAAGGUUUGCGAGUUUUACUGUUGGUUUGGGAUGAUAAAACUUCACACAGUAAAUUUUUCAUAAACACGAAUGGAAUAAUGCAAACUCAUGACGAAGAAACUCGAAAGUUUUUCAAGCAUUCUUCAGUUACAUGUGUGUUGUCACCAAGAUAUGCCAGCAGUAAGCUUAGCAUUUUCAAGCAGCAGGUUGUCGGAACGCUUUUUACGCACCAUCAGAAAUGUGUGAUCGUUGAUACUCAAGCACAUGGAAAUAACCGGAAGAUAACUGCAUUUAUAGGUGGUCUAGAUCUUUGUGAUGGUCGGUAUGAUACACCUGAGCAUAGAAUUUGCCGUGAUCUUGACACUGUUUAUAAGGAUGAUUAUCAUAAUCCCACAUUUUCUGCAGGAACCAAGGGUCCAAGGCAACCAUGGCAUGAUCUGCAUUGUAAAAUUGAAGGGCCUGCUGCAUAUGAUAUACUCACUAAUUUUGAGCAGCGCUGGAAGAGAGCCACCAAAUGGUCUGAGUUAGGUCAAAAAUUAAAAAGAGUAUCACAGUGGCAUGAUGAUUCUUUAAUUAAGUUAGAACGCAUCUCUUGGAUUCUUAGUCCUUCUGAAUCAGUGCCAAAUGACGAUCCUGAAUUAUGGGUUUCAAAGGAAGAUGACCCUGAAAAUUGGCAUGUUCAGGUUUUUCGAUCAAUAGAUUCAGGCUCUUUGAAAGGGUUUCCUAAGGAUAUACAUGAAGCCAGGGCUCAGAAUCUUGUUUGUGCUAAAAAUUUGGUCAUAGACAAGAGUAUUCAAACAGCCUACAUACAUGCCAUUAGAUCUGCCCAGCAUUUUAUUUAUAUCGAGAAUCAAUACUUUAUUGGAUCAUCCUUUGCUUGGCCAUCUUACAAAGAAGCAGGUGCUGAUAACUUAAUUCCUAUGGAGUUGGCGCUGAAAAUUGUCAGUAAGAUCAGAUCUCGGGAGAGAUUUACUGUUUAUAUUGUCAUUCCAAUGUGGCCAGAAGGUGUCCCUUCUUCUGUCACUGUGCAAGAGAUUCUCUAUUUUCAGAGACAAACUAUGCAAAUGAUGUAUGGAAUCAUAGCCAGGGAAUUAAAAUAUACAAACCUUAACAAUAGCCAUCCACAAGAUUACCUCAAUUUUUACUGUCUUGGUAACCGAGAAAAGUUUGCAACUGGAGAUUUAAAUCCAAAGAAUUCACAUUCCGAUGAUGGUGACACGGUUUCAGCUUCACAAAAGUUCCAACGGUUUAUGAUUUAUGUACAUGCCAAAGGAAUGGUUGUGGAUGAUGAGUAUGUGAUGGUUGGAUCUGCCAAUAUCAACCAACGAUCUUUGGGUGGAUCAAGAGAUACCGAGAUAGCAAUGGGUGCAUAUCAACCCCGUCAUACAUGGAACAGGAAAAAGGGCCACCCUCGCGGGCAGGUAUAUGGGUAUAGAAUGUCCUUGUGGGCAGAGCACUUAGGGACCAUACAUGACUGCUUCAAAGAACCUGAAAGUUUGGAAUGUGUGGAGACUGUGAACAAGAUCGCGGAACAAAACUGGAAGAACUUUACAGCUGAUGAUUAUAAGCCAUUGCAAGGGCACAUUAUGAAGUAUCCCAUCAAAGUGAAUGCAGAUGGGAGAGUAGGCCCCUUGCCUGGAUUUGAGUCUUUCCCAGAUGUCGGCGGCAAGGUGCUUGGUUCCCGAUCUAAUCUUCCUGAUGCUCUAACUACAUAGACAUGACAUAACCUCCCAUUCUCAAAUAAUGGAGAGAAUUGGAUCGCAGGACGUGUUCGGCAAAAAUUUUAUCAGCUACACAAAUUUUUUAUCGGGUCCUUGCCCGACUUUUUUUUAUCACGAUCUACUGUAUAGUAUGCAAUAGGCUGCAUAUGGCAGCCAUAGCCACACUGUAUAUUUGUUUGAGUUGAAUGCUUGUUGCAAUGAGAACUUCACAAUUACCAGGUAAAACAAUUGUUCAAAAUUUUACACUUUAGUGUUUUAUUUUUAUUUAAAAGUAUAUUAAGAUCAAUAUAUUACUAUUUUUACCAUAUUAUUCCUUCCUAAUUGUUGUUACUAUCGAAGAAAUUUUCUUUCUUUAAAUGAAAUUGUAGGAUUAUAUGAUAAAGAAAACAUUUUAGGAUGCAUUGCAUGGUAUAUAUACGGCGGAAAACAUUCUGACUCCACUGAAGUAAAUGAAUUACAUUAUUACACAAGUUCAUCUCAUACAAUAGUAUUCCAUAACAACAACGAUUAAUUAAGCUCUUCAACAAGAACAAAAUUAACAUGAACAAACCAUAUUAUAAAGAGGAGACA